AGCAGGUACUUAUCGGCACUCUCUCAUCCACUGCUCUCGCCUCCAUCUCCUUGUGAACAAGUGCAUCUCCAGCCCCAAGCCAUGUCCUGCUACAACACCUGCCUGCCCUGCCAGCCCUGCGGCCCGACCCCACUGGCCAACAGCUGCAAUGAGCCCUGUACCCUGCAGUGCCAGGACUCCAGGGUUGUCAUCCAGCCCUCUCCCGUGGUGGUGACCCUGCCCGGACCCAUCCUCAGCUCCUUCCCACAGAACACCGCCGUGGGAAACUCCACCGGCGCUGCCGUUGGCAGCAUCCUCAGUGAUGCGGGAGUGCCCAUCAACUCUGGGGGCUUUGGACUCUCUGGCUUGUCUGGCUUUGGUGGCCGUUAUUAUGGUAACAGAUGCCUCCCCUGCUAAAGCCACUGCCUGCACUGAGGUAUCCACUCGCAUCGGCCUCGUUUCCCUCUUUUGACUCAAUAAAGUUCUGAUGCAUCCCA